AUGCCGCCAAUCCUCUACAAAGCUGAUGGCAGUCCCCCAGCGAGAGCAGUGAUGAUGGUCAUAGAUAUUUUAGGGAUAAACGUCGAACAGAGGAAUUUGAAUCCAGUAUUGCGAGAACAAGAUGCUCCAGAGUUUGUAAAGAAAAAUCCCAUGAGAACCAUCCCUUGGUUGGACGAAGGCGACUUCUGGCUGGCUGACAGCCACGCCAUUAUGAUUUAUUUAAUACAAAAAUAUGGUAAACCUGAACAUUCCAAGUUGUACCCGACUGACAGCAGAAAGCGCGCCACUGUCCAUCAGAGGCUGUUCUUCGAUUGUGGGAUCCUGUUCCAAAGACUAAGAGCUGUUAUGGCGCCAACAUACAUGGGAAGACUGACAGAGAUGUCAAAAGGCAUGAUCAGGAACAUUGUGGACGCAUACGCAAUGCUUGAAGAUUAUUUAUCAGAGAACUUGUAUAUGGCCGACGAAGUCAUUACGAUUGCGGAUUUAAGCAUAGCUUCUACAAUGGCAACACUGGUUGGAUUAGUUGCGAUUGAUGAAGAAAGAUUCCCCAAAUUAACACAAUGGUACAACAACAUGAAUAAACAGGAUUAUUGUAUAAGAAUCAACAUUCCCGGCGGCAAAGAACAUUCCGAUGGGCUGAAGGCUUUGAUGGCAAAUACUAAGUUUCACCAAAAAUCUAAGAUAUAA